AUGGCCCAAAUCUCGCCGGCAAGCCCGGCCGAAUGGCGUGCCCAGGUCGAGGCAAUGAAGGCGGCUGUCGCUGCCCUUCAAAAGCCGAACGUCCAAACCCAGAGCAAUGGCGGCGACGAUGACAACGACGAGGGUGACUGGGACGACGAUGACAUUGAUCACGCCUACGAACCCAGACGCAGCCCUCGCGACGUCUGGCACUUCAUCUCGGACGACGAUCUCGACGAGAUUGCCUUUGACGCCCAAGAAUUUGCUCAGGGCUCAGGCAAUCGCCCCCCCCUCGACGACAGCAAUGCCCACGGCCUUCGCUGGCUGGCCACUCGCUGCGCCGACGUCUCUGCUCGCCGCUCCGGCCUUGACCCUGACACUCUCCAGGCCCAGGUCCUCGAGGUCUUGAGUGGCAGCCGGCCCGAAGACGACAUCCAGUCGUCCCUUACCGACCUAGUCGGCUUUGACGAUCUGGACUUUGUCAUCGACCUGCUCUCCCACAGGACCGAAAUCGUCGCCGCCGUGACGGCUGCCCAAGCUUCUUCCCUCAAAACCGGCCACGCCGGCGACACUGGCUCAGGUCUCCACCUGCUGACGAGGGCCCAGAGAGAAGACGCCCUGCGCCGGAGAGAUGCCGAGCACAAGUCUGCUCCCCUGGCCGCCGCCAGUGCCAAGGAGGAAGACUAUCCCCAUGUCUACCGCACCUUUGCUGCCGGCAACACCCUGAGCCACGCCGGGAAGGGGUAUUCCCUCCCUAUCGGUAGUCAGAGGCAAGAGUUUGAGAAGUACGAAGAGUACUCUGUGCCCGCCGGCCGCAUCGGUACUCUCGGAGCCGGCCGGAAGCUCGUGCCCAUCGCCGACAUGGACGGCCUGUGCAGGAACACCUUCAGGGGCUACAAGGCCCUGAAUCGCAUGCAGAGUCUCGUGUACCCCGUAGCCUACAAGACCAGCGAGAACAUGCUCAUCUGCGCCCCCACCGGUGCCGGCAAGACCGACGCAGCCAUGCUCGCCAUCCUGCACACCGUCGGCCAGUACCUGACCCCCAAUCCGUUUGAGGACCACCAGGCCACCGACUUCGCCGUGAGGUCCGACGAGUUCAAGAUCGUUUAUGUCGCCCCAAUGAAAGCCCUUGCCGCCGAGAUCACGGAAAAGAUUGGCAAGCGGCUCGCCUGGCUGGGCGUUCGCUGUCGCGAGUUCACCGGCGACAUGCAUCUGACCAAGUCCGAGAUUGUCCAGACCCAGAUCAUUGUGACCACGCCCGAGAAGUGGGACGUCGUGACGCGAAAGGGCACCGGCGACACGGAGCUCGUGCAGAAGGUUAGGCUGCUCAUCAUCGACGAGGUGCACAUGCUCCACGAUGAAAGAGGCGCCGUCCUCGAGUCUCUGGUGGCAAGGACCCAGAGACAGGUCGAGAGCACCCAGUCGCUGAUCCGCAUCGUCGGCCUCAGCGCCACUCUGCCCAACUACAUCGACGUGGCCGACUUCCUGGGCGUCAACAGAAGGGCCGGCCUCUUUUACUUCGAUGCCUCCUUCCGGCCCGUGCCGCUUGAGCAGCACUUUAUCGGAGUGAAGGGCAAGCCGAACUCCAAGCAGUCUAGGGACAACAUGGACGGAGUGGCCUUUGAAAAGGUCCGCGAGAUGCUCGAGCUUGACCACCAGGUCAUGGUCUUUGUGCACUCGCGGAGAGACACGCAGGCCACUGCAAAGAUGCUUUACGAGAAGGCCGUCGACCAGGCCUGCGUCGGCCUUUUUGACCCGAGCGGCCACGAAAAGUACGAGGCCUCCAUGAGGGACGUCAAGUCCACCAAGGCGCGCGAGAUCCGUGACCUCGUCCCCAAGGGCAUGGGCAUACACCAUGCCGGCAUGGCGCGCUCAGACCGAAACCUGAUAGAGCACCUGUUUGGAGAGGGCGUGCUCAAGGUGCUGUGCUGUACGGCCACUCUCGCUUGGGGCGUCAACUUGCCCGCAGCCGCCGUGGUGAUCAAGGGCACGCAGGUCUACAGCGCCCAGGAAGGCAAGUUUGUCGACCUGGGAAUCCUCGACGUGCUGCAGAUCUUUGGACGUGCUGGCCGUCCCCAGUUUGAAGACGUUGGCAUCGGCAUGAUCUGCACCACCCAAGACAAGCUGGCCCACUACCUCACGGCCGUGACGGACCAGCUUCCCAUCGAAUCCAGGUUCUCCGCUAAGCUCGUCGACAACCUCAACGCCGAGAUUGCUCUGGGCACCGUCACCUCGAUAUCCGAGGCCGUAAAGUGGAUUAGCUACUCGUAUCUCUUCGUGCGCAUGAAGAAGAAUCCCAUGGCCUAUGGCAUUGACUGGACCGAGAUUGGAAGCGACCGCGCGCUGGUCAUGAGACGGCGCAAGCUGGCCAUCGACGCCGCCAAGAAGCUGGUGGAGAGCCAGAUGAUCAUCUUCAACGCCAACACCGAGGAGCUGCGGAGCAAAGACAUAGGCCGCAUCGCCAGCCAGUACUACAUCCAGCACACGAGUAUCCAGAUCUUCAACACCAUGAUGUCUCCCCUGUCUACCGAGAAGGACAUUUUGAAGAUGAUAGCCAUGAGCGGCGAGUUCGAUAACAUCCAGUCGAGGAACAGCGAGACCAACGAGCUGCUAGCCAUGAAGAAGAACGAGAACUUUGUCCCCUACGAGAUCAGUAGCGGAAUCGACACCCCGCAGACCAAGACCAACAUCCUUCUUCAGGCCUACAUCUCGAGGGCCCAGCCCGAGGACUUUGCGCUCGGGAACGACUUGAACUACGUUGCUCAGCAGGCCGGGCGCAUCUGCAGAGCCCUGUUCAUGAUCUCCCUCACGCGGCGCUGGGGUUUCCAGUGCCUCGUCUUGCUGACCAUGGCCAAGUCGAUCGAGAGGCGUAUCUGGGCAUUCCAGCACCCCUUCCACCAGUUCGACCUGCCAAAGCCCGUGCUCAACAACCUUGAUGCCAAGGAAUCGUUGACGGUCGAGUCGAUGAGGGACAUGGAGCCCGCAGAGAUCGGCGCCUUGGUCAACAACCACCGUAUGGGCACAAAGAUCUCCCGGCUGCUCCGAAACUUCCCAACUCUCAGUAUCGAGGCCGAGAUCGCGCCUCUGAAUCGCGACGUCCUGAGAGUCAAGCUCUUCAUCACGCCCGACUUCAGCUGGAACGACCAGAUGCACGGGAAUUCCGAGUCGUACUACAUCUGGGUCGAGAACUCGGCGACGUCCGAGAUCUACCACCAUGAGUUCUUCCUCCUCAGCAGGAGAAAGCUUCACGACGACCACGAACUCAACUUCACCAUCCCGCUAUCCGACCCGCUUCCGGACCAGAUCUACGUGAGAGCCGUCUCGGACCGCUGGCUGGGCGCCGAGACCGUCACCGCCGUGUCCUUCCAGCACCUCAUCCGGCCAGACACGGAGAGCGUCUACACGGAUCUCCUGAAUCUACAGCCGCUGCCUAUAUCGGCGCUCAAGAAUUCCGCUCUCGAAGACAUGUACGCACAGCGCUUCCAGUUUUUCAACCCCAUGCAGACCCAGGUCUUCCACACGCUCUACCACACGCCGGCCAACGUCCUUCUGGGCUCUCCGACCGGGAGUGGCAAGACUGUCACCGCCGAACUGGCCAUGUGGUGGGCCUUUCGCGAGCGCCCCGGCUCCAAAGUAGUGUACAUUGCCCCGAUGAAGGCGCUGGUCCGCGAGCGUGUCAAGGACUGGGGAGCGCGUCUAGCCAGACCGCUGGGCUUGCGGCUCGUCGAGUUGACGGGCGACAACACGCCCGACACACGCACCAUCCAGGACGCCGACAUCAUUGUCACUACUCCCGAGAAGUGGGACGGUAUAUCGCGUAGUUGGCAGACGAGAAGCUAUGUCCGGAAGGUCAGUCUCGUCAUCAUCGACGAGAUCCAUCUUCUUGCCGGCGACCGAGGUCCCAUUCUCGAGAUUAUCGUGUCGCGCAUGAACUACAUCGCGUCGUCGACCGACAACGCAGUCCGCCUCCUGGGCAUGUCGACGGCUUGCGCCAACGCGAGCGACCUCGGAAACUGGCUCGGCGUCAAGGAAGGCAUGUUCAACUUCCGCCACUCGGUGCGGCCGGUGCCGCUAGAGCUCUUCAUUGAUGGCUUCCCAGAAAUUAGAGGCUUUUGUCCGUUGAUGCAGUCCAUGAACCGGCCCACUUUCUUGGCCAUCCUGAACCACAGUCCCGAGAAGCCCGUCAUUGUCUUCGUGCCGUCCCGUCGGCAGACGCGCCUCACGGCCAAGGACCUCAUCAACCUCUGCGGUAUGGAGGACAACCCAAGGCGCUUCCUCAGCAUGGACGAGGAUGACCUUCAGCUUAAUCUCUCGCGGGUCAAGGACGAGGCGCUGAAAGAAGCCAUCAGCUUUGGCAUUGGCCUCCACCACGCUGGUCUGGUCGAGUCGGACCGGCAGCUGGCGGAGGAGCUAUUCCUGAACAACAAAAUUCAGAUCCUCGUGGCUACGAGCACGCUCGCCUGGGGCGUGAACCUGCCGGCACACCUGGUCGUGGUCAAGGGCACGCAGUACUACGACGCAAAGAUCGAGGCGUACAAGGACAUGGACCUGACAGAUGUGCUGCAGAUGUUGGGAAGAGCCGGGCGGCCGCAGUUUGACGAUUCCGGCGUUGCCCGCAUUCUCACACAAGACUCCAAGAAAGACUUUUACAAGCAUUUCCUGCACACGGGCUUCCCCGUCGAGUCCUCGCUCCACACCGUCCUCGAUAACCAUCUGGGCGCCGAGAUAUGUGCCGAGACCGUCUUGACAAAGCAGGAUGCGCUCGACUACCUUACGUGGACUUUCUUCUUCCGACGUCUACACAAGAACCCGUCGUAUUAUGGCCUUGAGAUCUCUGCUGAAGAACACAGCGGCACAGCCGCCCAGCAACUUGCCAACGAUUACAUGAUAGAGAUGGUGGAGACGUCUCUGGGCGAGCUCGCAGAGUCCAAGUGCGUUGAGGUGUUUCCCAACGGCGACGUGAACCCGACGCCGAUGGGCAAGAUCAUGAGUUACUACUACCUCUCGCACAAGACGAUCCGCCAGCUGGUCAAGCACGCCAAAGCGCAAGCGUCCUUCCCUGACGUUCUGUCGUGGAUGUGCAGAGCCACCGAGUACGACGAGCUUCCGGUGCGGCACAACGAAGACCUGAUCAACGCAGAGCUGUCGCGGAACCUGGCGUUUCCAGGCAGCUCGUUUGGGCUCCCGAUGUGGGAUCCGCAUGUCAAGGCGUUUUUGCUUCUGCAGGCGCACAUGUCGCGCAUCGACCUCCCCAUCACCGACUACGUGGGCGACCAGACCAGUGUUCUAGACCAGGCCAUCCGUAUCAUCCAGGCCUCGAUUGACGUGCUAACAGAGAUGGGCCACCUGUCGAGCACGCUCGAGUUCAUCAAGCUACUCCAGAGCAUCAAGAGCGCACGCUGGCCCACAGAGCCACCCCUCUCCAUCCUCCCGGGUGUCUCGGUCGACCAGGGCGGGCCGGGGGCAAAGAAGAAGCAUGUGACAUUACAGGAGCUGAGCAAGCUCAGGCCCGCACAGCUCCAGAAGCUGGCGCGCGACGACCUCUUGCUCUCGUCGGCUGGGCAGGUGGCGCGCUUCCUCAAAGCGGCCGCGGCGAUUCCUAACCUGCAGGUCUCGACGGCCAACAUCACAACUACGUCGCUGACGGUGCUCCUGAGACGUCUCAACCCCAUCACGGAGCGGGAAGCGCGCGUCUACGCGCCGCUGUUCCCCAAGCCGCAGACUGAGGGCUGGUUCGUCGUAGUCGCCGACAUGGCAGCCGACGACGUGGUCGCCAUCAAGCGCGUCGGCUGGAGCAGCCCCGCCCAGGGGCAAGGGCAAGGGCAAGGGCAAGGGCAAGGAGCCAAGGGCGUCGAGAUAGGCGCCCGACCGUCCGCCCGCGCCGUCAUCAAGCUGCCCGAGGCGCAGCGCGCGCGCAAGUUGGACGUGUUAGUCAUUAGCGAUGCCUACGUUGGCUUCGAGUAUCGCUUGCUCGGCGUCGACAUUCCGGGCCCGCCUGAGGUGGGCGGCGAUGAUGCGAAGAAGAAUCCGAGCUUGGGAGGGGGUAGCGGUGAGGGCGGAUCUACGGUUGCUGUAAAGGGGGUAUGA